AUGUUGGCUCACGCAGAUAGAAAAGCUUCGUAUAAAGUACCGCCCACAGUCGUGACAGAUCGACUUGUGUCUCAAGAGGUGAGGCGUAUAAAAGCUCUCGAAGAACAGAAACGAAGAAGAUCUCAGAAAUUUGACACCGCUAGAAAUCUAGAUGCUUUUGCAGAUCUGAGUCUCGGCCCGUCUGAUGAUGAAGGAGACGAAGACGUUGACGACGAAUCCGUAAUAAUUCGAGAGGGCAUCGCAGGUUAUGCUUCCUUGGCGAAACAACCAGCAACCCUGGAACCCCCAGAAGAGCAGGAACAGCAGAUGGAAGACAUAACUCAACCAAAAAGGAAGCGGAAUAAGAACAAACGGAAAAGGACCAAAGCCAAACCUAGCAAAUGGGCCGAUAAAUGCAUGUAUGCGGAACUUCUCGAGAUGAAGGAAGAUCCCAAUGUGUGGGGUGACGGUAAGAGUGAACCUGACGACGGUCUUCCAUCGGACAUGGAGCAAGGUUGGGUCGCAGUGGCGCCUGUUCCCAUUGGGAAGCGAUGUUUAGCAGUAACACAUCAGUCGGCUGCUGGCGUAAUUGGCAUAUCACCAAACACUACUCUUCGUUCCCGCCUCUUGGGGAAGAUGCUACUUCCUCGGUUUCCUUCCUCACUACCACCGCUGACAAUCUUGGACUGCAUUCUUGAUACCAAUUGGAAAAAAAAUGGUAUCGUACACGUGCUGGAUGUCAUCAAGUGGAAAGGACAGGACGUCGCAGAUUGCGAAACUCCGUUCAGGUUGUGGUGGAGGGACACACGGCUAGCAGAGCUUCCCAAAUUUUCACCACCGUCCUCCGUGUUCCACUUCUCACUUGCGAACGACCAAGCUCAAGCACAACCUGCGCAACAACCUGAUUCUUACAGGUUUCCAUAUCCUACAUCGUUCAUCCCUAUCCCCUAUCAUUCAGACACGACAUGGCGAACUUUGUUCUCGUCUAUCAUACCAUUAGCUCGUUCUACGCGAGAGAUUUCGGUGGAAAUACCCACAUCGACGCCCUUCCAACCAUCUUCACCGGCUGCAAUGUCGAUCGAUACAGCCUACAAUCCUAUCGAAUUACGAUCUUCGAAGAUCAUCACCAGUCAAAUUCCCUCCGAUGGGUUGUUGCUGUAUGUCGCUCAGGCGAGCUACGAGGAAGGCACGAGUCCACUAAGUUGUUGGGUCCCCAUUCAGCCAAUCACGGGAUCCAGAAAUCAGGAGGAGGCGCCUACAACGCCGAACGCUAGCCCAUUGGAUUUGUUUCAGCGGUGA